UCCUGCUUAACAUGGCCACGCUGCGCAGGCUGCAAGAAGCACCUCGACACUUACUGGUCUGUGAAAAAUCCAACUUCGGCCACGAUAAGUCUCGCCAUAAGCAUCUCGUGGAGACGCACUAUCAUAAUUACAGGGUUUCAUUUCUUAUUCCUGAAUGUGGGCUGCUAUCCAAAGAGCUAAAAGGCCUGGUCAUGGACAUUGGACCCUAUUACUCUGUGAAGAACUUACCUCUUCAUGAACUAAUUACACACGAAUUCAUCAACACCUUUGUAAAGAAAGGUUCAUUCUCUGCAUUAACAUACCAUACAAGUAUCGAUGAGGAUAAUACUGUUGCUCUCCUACCAAAUGGGAAAUUAAUUUUAUCACUGGAUAAAGAUACUUAUGAAGAAACUGGACUUCAAGGUCAUCCAUCUCGGUAUUCUGGCAGAAAAAGUAUGAAGUUUGUCAUUUCCAUUGACCUAAUGGAUUUAUCCCUUAACCUGGAUUCUAAGAAGUAUAGAAGAGUAUUUUGGUCCUUCAAAGAAAAGAAGCCUUUGCAGUUUGAUUUUCUUUUGGCUUGGCAUCAUACAGGUACAGAAGAAUCAACAAUGAUGUCAUACUUUUCCAAAUACCAAAUUCAGGAGCAUCAGCCCAAAGUGGCAUUGAGCACAGUAAGGGAGCUGCAGUGUCCAGUGCUUCGGAGCAGCAGGCUUGCAGGAGAGCCGGAGGAGGCCUGCAGUGCCCUGGAGUUCUUUGACUGGCUUGGUGCUGUCUUCUGCAGUGCGGACCUAAAUAACGAGCCUUAUGAUUUCGUAUCAACCUACUGCUGUCCCCAGCCAAGCACUGUGAUAGCCCAAGCUUUUCUGUGCACAAUCACAGGUUUCAUAUUGCCAGAGAAGAUACAUGUCCUUCUGGAACAGCUGUGUCACUACUUUGAUGAACCAAAGUUGGCUCCAUGGGUCACCUUGACAGUUCAAGGCUUUGCAGACAGCCCUGUUGCAUGGAGAGAGAAGGAACAUGGCUUCCAUAAAGGAGGCGAGCACUUGUACAAUUUUGUGGUUUUCAAUAAUCAGGACUAUUGGCUUCAGAUGGCUGUUGGGGCAAAUGAUGACUGCCCACCAUAAAAAAUGCAGAGUUUA